GCUGGAGGGUGCUCUCUAAUAAGCCAUCUUGGUCAAAUGCGCUCUGCAGACCAGUUCAGCUUUACUGCUGAAUUUCACCAGUUAGUCAUUUUAUCCACAGACAGUCAGACCGACAGACGUUAGAAAGGGUAUAGAGCUAAAAUAUAUAUUAGAUUUCAGUCAUUUUGGCGCUGGCAGGCUCCGCUAGUGUAGCAUUGUAGAUUGUAGAAUUUAGCGGCCUGCGAUGUCAGAUUUACUAAUCUAGACAUUUAUUUUAUUUUAUUCUAGGUGUAACGUUAAACACUGCGAUACCGCUUUUGAAAUAGUGUGACGUUAUGAUGUAAGCAACAUCUGUUUCUGUUUUCCGCUGCUGUUAACCUUUUUCUUAAAAAUGCUACUCAUGGAUUGACUGCAGAGGCAGAAACUGGCCUGAGAUGGAUGAAAUCUUGUCCUGACACAGAAAUCGACAAACCUCCUUUUUCCCAAAGCUGGAAAAAUGAAGUAUUUUUUCAGCGAGACUAAUAUUAAGAGCUCCUGGGACCAAGUUUUUUCUGCAUUUUGGCAGAGAUACCCCAAUCCCUUUAGCACCCAUGUUCUGACGGAGGACGUAGUGUAUCGGAGUGUGACUGCAGACCACCGGCUCAUCACCCGGCGCCUCCUGACCAAAACUAACCGUCUCCCACGCUGGGCUGAAAGGUUCUUCCCCACCAACCUGUCCCGCAGCGUUUAUAUUCUAGAAGAUUCAGUGGUGGACCCUGUCAGCAAGAGCCUCAGCACAUACACCUGGAACCUUAAUCACACUACACUUAUGACGGUUACAGAGCGAUGUGUAUUUAGAGAAUCUGCGGGUCAUCCGUCAUGGACACAGCUUAAGCGUGAGGCCUGGGUCUCCUCAAGUAUGUUUGGCUUCUCUAGAGCCAUACAGGAGUUCGGACUGGCUCGCUUUAAGAGUAACCAAAUGAAGGCCAUGAAGGGGCUGGAAUACGCACUGGCUAAAUUACACGGUAUGCUUAAGUGGGAGGAAAAGAGCAACAUGAGAUGGUCAGCAGUGGCCCCUGAGGGCCUCUGUCAGGGAGGCAUCUGAGAAAGCAAAGGAAGCGGCUCUCGCUGCCACAGAAACAGCAAAACACCUUGCUUCAGCUGCCACACCACAGAAACUACGACAGUAUGUGUGAUGAACACACACACACACACAGGACUGGGCUGAAAACCACACACACACUCCUGAUACUGGGCUAAAAUCAUCUCACGCAUUAAAGUGAUAAUCCUGUAAAAAUCAAUAACACCCCCAAACACCCCCCCCUCCCCUGACCACUUACUUCUUGAAGAACAUUCAAACAUUACUGUUAUCUGUGAAUUGGAGCCUUACUGUGAUCAGCUGAGUGUGUGUCUGUGUGUUUGACUGCAGUAUGCUAUCAGUGCAGUAAUCAUUACUGCAGAACACUGCACUGUCUUUGCAUCUGAUGUGGUUUAAUUAAAUCAUCCAAACAAAUCACAAUGUAAUUUGCUGGAAAUAUUCUAAUUAUGAGAUAAUUUAAAAUCAUGUUGGCAGCACUGAAAAAACAUUGAAAAUGAUUUAAUGAUGCAAAUGUACUGUUUAUUUAUCAAUAAUGUAUUUUAUAUAUAACUGAAAAAGGAAACGAAAUGUUCAUUUUGAGUAAUUAUAUCAAUACAGCAAAUACAUAAAUAAAACUAUUUCAGUUUACCUGG